UUCAUUUUUGAAUUGGUUUCUUGAACGGACGAACCCGCCAUCUUACCAACCUAAUUUAAGCCAACCGGAAAAUCCGAUCAGCAUCGGUCGGGAUUUGUCUAUUUUUCAUGAGAAUGUUUUGUGCGGUGGCAGAGGUUCAGCCAAGCGCAGGAUCCCAAUUGCCACCGGACAUCGUGAAACCAGCCAGAUUUCAGGCGACAUUUAGGAACAGAGCUUCGUUUGGGUGACAACAAUCCCGUCUCCCAUCACGAAGCGCCUGAAUACUGAAUUCUUGGAGGACUGUUCAGUAGGGUUUUGUUGUUCAUUUUUCAUUGAGGAGGUCAACUCUCUCCUUCAAUAUAAGAGCCAUGAAAUCGUAUGAUUUUAGCAGUGUUUUCAAACUUCAGUUCUAAAGGCAGACAUCCCUUCUGAAUAUCUCACCAUGACUUCCCAAUCUCACACAAAAGAAAAUGGGGAAAUUAACCGCUCAACUGCUGCUGGUAAUAGGAAUGCCAAUGUCAAUUUUGAGGAUGAGGUCAAGCAAAGAGCAGAUUUGGUGGAGUGGUUAAAUGGCUUGCUUCCUGAUUUAAGGUUACCAUUGGAAGCUUCGGAAGAAGAAAUCAGAGCGUUUUUAAUUGAUGGAACUGUUUUAUGUAGUGUUUUAGACAGGCUUAGACUUGGUGCUAUAAAUGAGUGGGGUGGUUCUGAUCAUUCUUCUGAGCCUCGUGUGGAGAAUGUCAAAAGGUUUCUGGCAACUAUGGAUCACAUGAGGUUGCCCAGGUUCAGACUAUUGGAUCUUGAGCAGGGGUCUAUGGGAACAGUUGUAGAGUGCCUAUUGACACUUAAAGAGCGUUUUAAUUCUAAUCCUGGGGGAGACACUGUUCAUAUUACAAAUUCAAUGGCUAAAGCUGGAAACCAGCCAAGGAAUAGAUGGAAACUGUUGGAAGCAGAUAGUUCGGAGGGAAAUAAUGGUUCUGUUGGGGAAGUAUCUCCUUGUGGACAGGAUGCUCCAGUAACUAGAGAAGAGAGGCGAAAGAGUUGGACUGACUCGAAAUUUCAGCGUGUGUUGCGCAGUCCUGUUAUGUCAGAGCCAUCGGCUGCAUUGAUACAUCAUGUUGGACAUAAGUUCCAUGAGGUUUUUCAACUAAAACAAGGACGUUAUGCUGAUAUUCCUGCUGCUAAGAUAUCUGAAAUGAUGAAAUCUAACAGUUUCGAUAAUGCUCCAACUCAAUCACUUCUGAGUGUUGUAAAUGGGAUUCUAGAUGAAAGCAUUGAAAGGAAGAAUGGGGAAAUACCUCAUCGUGUGGCGUGUCUAUUGAGAAAAGUCGUACAAGAGAUUGAGCGACGUAUUUCAACUCAAGCGGAUCACCUAAGAACUCAAAAUAAUCUCUACAAGGCUCGUGAGGAAAAAUAUCAAUCAAGACUUAGAGUACUCGAGACUCUUGCAACUGGGACUAAUGAGGAGACCCAGGUUGCUAUGAACAAGUUCCAGCAUAUAAAGAUGGAGAAGACCAAAAUACAGGAGAAGAAGAAACUUGAGGAGCAGGAUAUGUUUAGACUGAUGAAAGAGAAGGACCAUAUUGAUCUUGAAAUUUCAACACUAAAGCAAGAACUGGAAUUAGCAAAACAGCAAUAUGAACAACGUUGCCGGCAAUUGGAAACACAAGCCAAGGGAACUAAAGUUGGGUUAGAGGAGAGAUUAACGGAACUUGAGGGUCUCUUAGAAGGUUCUAGGAAGAAAAUUGAAGAACUUGAGUCAUUUUCUGAAUCAAAAGCUCAGAGCUGGAAUGCAAAAGAACACAGCUACCAGACUUUUGUAGAUUUUCAGUUCAAAUCUUUGCAGGAGUUGAGGGUCACUUCUCAGUCAAUCAAGAAAGUGGUGCAAAAUACACACAGAAUCUAUUCAGAAGAAUUUAGUCAGUUGGGGGUAAAGCUUAAAGGGUUAGCAGAGGUGGCAGAAAAUUAUCAUAUUGUUCUUGCAGAAAAUCGAAAGCUGUAUAAUGAGGUUCAAGACUUAAAAGGCAACAUUAGAGUCUAUUGUCGGACAAGGCCAUUCCUUCCUGGACAAAACGGAAAACAAACUACCAUAGAUUUUAUUGGUGAGAAUGGUGAGUUGAUCAUUGUAAAUCCCCUCAAACAAGGAAAAGACAGUCGUCGCGUAUUCAAGUUUAACAAGGUCUUCGGUCCAACAGCCACUCAAGAGGAGGUAUUUUUAGACACCCAACCAUUGAUACGCUCUAUUCUUGAUGGAUACAAUGUUUGUAUCUUUGCAUAUGGUCAAACUGGUUCCGGAAAGACUCAUACAAUGACUGGGCCAGAUGGAGCAUCUAAAGAGCAUUGGGGGGUCAAUUACCGAGCUCUAAAUGAUCUCUUCAAUAUCUCUCAGAGUAGGAGAAGCUCCUUUAUAUAUGAAGUUGGUGUUCAAAUGGUUGAAAUAUAUAACGAACAAGUGCGUGAUUUACUUGCGAAUGACAACUCCCAGAAAAAACUUGGGAUUAAGAAUACUACUCAACCAAAUGGACUUGCCAUCCCUGAUGCAACCCUGCAUCCUGUCAACUCAACGGGAGAUGUCCUAGAUCUAAUGCGAAUUGGACUAAAUAAUAGGGCUGUAGGUGCCACUGCUAUGAAUGAAAGAAGCAGCCGAUCUCACAGUGUUGUCACUGUCCAUGUUCGUGGGGCGGAUUUGGCGACUGGUGCUACUUUGCGUGGCAAUCUUCAUUUAGUAGACCUUGCUGGAAGUGAAAGAGUAGAUCGCUCUGAGGUAACAGGAGAAAGGCUUCGUGAAGCACAGCAUAUUAACAAAUCAUUAUCUGCCCUUGGAGAUGUCAUAUUUGCCCUUGCUCAAAAGAGCCCUCAUGUACCAUACAGAAAUAGCAAACUUACUCAAGUCCUGCAAAGCUCUUUGGGUGGUCAGGCAAAGACUCUCAUGUUUGUACAGCUUAAUCCAGAUGCAGAUUCAUAUUCUGAGACUUUAAGUACCUUGAAGUUUGCAGAGAGAGUCUCAGGAGUUGAGCUAGGUGCUGCACGAAGUAGCAAGGAGGGCAGGGAUGUAAGGGAAUUGAUGGAGCAGGUAGCAUCACUUAAGGAUACAAUUGCAAAGAAAGAUGAGGAGAUAGAGCGGUUGCAACUGCUUAAAGAUGUCAGAACGGUGUCCCCCGCUGUCAAUGGUGAGAAGCGGGGCACCAGCUCACUUAGGCAUGGGCCUUCCUCUCCAAGCAGACGGUCCCUCAGUGUGGUUGCUGCACAACAAAGCCGGAGACUGUCAGGUGGGAAAGGCUCAGGACUUGAGAAAGCAGCAUCUGAUCAAGACAACUCCUCUGAGCACAGUGAUAAGCAUUCUGAAGCUGGUUCUCAGCAAUCUAUGGAUGACUUUAGGCACCAUAAGGAGUUUUUCCGUCAGUCAAAGCUUGCUGUGGCAGAUGCAGGACAAAAUUUUUCUGCAGAUGUUGAGCUCUUAGGGUUUGGAGAUGCGGUCUCUGAGGAGAGAUUAAGUGACAUAUCUGAUAGUGGCCUGUCCAUGGGAACUGAAACUGAUGGUUCAAUAUCAAGUGUUGUUGAGUUCAGUCUUUUCCCUGAAGGUGCAAAGCCAGCUGAGGGCACAGAGAAGUCAAAUCCAGACCCAUCCAAACUUCCUAAUCCGGCACAGAAACCAGUUCAAACAGGGUCAGUUCGACGGUCAUCAUCGAAGGAGACCUUGAAGGUGUCAACAAGUUCUAAAAAAAUCUCCACCAGUGGUAACCCCUCCACGGCCAAGUCCACCAAACGAUGGCAGUAAAAUUAGAAGGCAUUCCGACAGAAAAUUUUUCUUGUCAUCAUGGAUUUGAACCGAUUUUCCAACACCAUGUAGCUUGUAUUUUAUUCUACUGAGGUUUCUCGCCUCUCAUUCUUAUUUAUUGCCUGCCACAUUUUGUUGCUAUGUGGGCACCCUUGUAUUUGUGCAGGCUACAUGCCAACAUGUAAUAUAUUAGUUUUUCUCC